AUGUACAAUGAAGUUGAUAUACGAUCAGAGAACGUUUAUGUGCAAGUCGAUUCUCUUGGACCAGUUGAUUCCUUCUUAAAGCUCACGAAUAUAUGCAAACACAGCUCGCUCUCUCUCUCUCUUUCUCGCCUCUCUCUCUCUCUUUCUCGCCUCUCUCUCUCUCGCCUCUCUCUCUUUCUCACCUCUCUCUCUCUCUUUCUCGCCUCUCUCUCUCUCGCCUCUCUCUCUUUCUCACCUCUCUCUCUCUUUCUUGCCUCUCUCUCUUUCUCACCUCUCUCUCUCGCCCUCUCUCUCUUUCUCCUCUCUCUCUCUCUCUUCUCUCUUUCUCUCUUUCUCCCUCUCUCUCUCUUUCUCCUCUCUCUCUCUUUCUCACCUCUCUCUCUUUUCCUCUCUUUCUCUCUUUCUCGCCUCUCUCUCUUUCUCACCUCUCUCUCUCUCUUUCUCACCUCUCUCUCUUUUUCUCUCUCUCUCUCUUUCUCGCCUCUCUCUCUUUCUCACCACUCUCUCUCUCUCUCUCUCUGA